AUGCGCUGUGGGCUGGGAGUGCUGGCGGCGGAGCGCGGCGCGGCGCUGGGGCUGCUGUGGGGCUGCUGCCUGCUGCUGGAGUGGCUGUGGGCGGCGGCGGCGGGGGCGAGCCUCCUGCAGAGCGGCGGCGGCGGCGGGCAGGGCUACAGCUACUCGGGCUCGGGCGAGGCGCACUCCAGCUUCCUGCAGCGCCGGCUCCGGCAGCACGAGCGGCGGGACAUGCAGCGGGAGAUCCUGUCCAUCCUGGGGCUGCCGCACCGCCCCAGACCGCACCCGCACGGCAAACGCAACUCGGCGCCGCUCUUCAUGCUCGACCUGUACAACGCCAUGUCCACCGCCGCCAGCGGCGGCCGCGCCGGACACCACCACCACCAGCACCACCAGCAGCAGCAGCACCACCAGCAGCAACAGGAGGAGGAGGAGGAGGAGGAAGGCGAGGAGAGAGGGGGCUCCAGCCACCAGCCCUCCAGCCCCCGCAGCCCCCCGCUCGCCAGUCUGCAGGACAGCGCCUUCCUCAACCAGGCCGACAUGGUCAUGAGCUUCGUCAAUUUGGUUGAAUACGACGCAGGAUUUUCUCACUACCAACGGCAUCACAAGGAAUACAAAUUUAACCUGUCGCGGAUUCCAGAGGGCGAGGCCGUCACAGCCGCAGAAUUCCGUAUCUACAAGGACUGGGUCAGAGGUCGCUUUGAGAAUGAAACCUUUGAGGUGCGCAUCUUCCAGGUGCUGCAUCGACAUGUAAACAGAGAUGCUGAUCUGUUCCUGCUGGACACGAGGACAGUUUGGGCCUCAGAAGAUGGCUGGCUUGUUUUUGACAUCACUGCCACUAGCAACUUAUGGGUGAUGAACCCCCAGUACAACCUUGGGCUCGAGCUGUGUGUGGACACCAUUGAUGGUCAAAGUGUCGACCCCAAACUGGCCGGUCUGAUAGGACAGCACGGGCCCCAUGACAAGCAGCCCUUCAUGGUGGUCUUCUUCAAGGUCAGUGAGGUGCAUAUUCGGACAACACGAUCAGCAAACAAACGCAGGCAGCAAGGCCGUACCAAAUCUACACCGGCUCAAGAGGCACCCAGAACCACAAGUUUAACUGAAUACAACACCAGCGACCAGAGGCAAGCUUGCAAAAAGCAUGAACUGUAUGUGAGUUUUCGGGACCUGGGUUGGCAGGACUGGAUAAUAGCACCUGAAGGAUAUGCGGCAUAUUAUUGCGAAGGAGAAUGCUCGUUUCCUCUUAAUGCACACAUGAAUGCCACAAAUCAUGCAAUUGUACAGACACUGGUCCACCUCAUGAACCCAGACUACAUUCCAAAACCCUGCUGUGCCCCCACCAAGCUCAACGCAAUUUCCGUCCUCUUCUUUGAUGACAGCUCAAACGUCAUCUUGAAAAAGUACAGGAACAUGGUGGUCAGAGCCUGCGGUUGCCACUAACAGGCAACAAAACCGCUUUCAGAACUACUGGGGGAAGGAACCAUGUCCUCAAUGCAAAGCAAUAUGAAUCCCUGAAGAAAUAAAUACCUCUGUAUAUAAUGUUUACAAUUUUU